CACGCGGUAAUAUUUUGAACUGUUUCCGAUCGAGUCAAAAAAUAUCGAUUGAGAAAUAAAAUUAUUUUUAAUACUCCACGCUUCCUGUAAAGGACGCUUCACAGAAUUUUCCAAUUCUCCAUGAUGAAUUUUUCUUGAUCGUGUCUCGAGGUAGCAAGUGUUCCUAAAUAUUAAAAUAAAAAUGGGAGACUCAGAUGACGAAUAUGACAGAAAAAGGCGUGAUAAGUUCAGAGGUGAAAGAAAUGAAUCAUAUUCUCGUGAAGGACGUAGGGAUGACCGAAGAAGAGAUGAUUGGGUUGAUAGGGAAUGGUCCAGUCGUCCUAGACAAAGACCUGAUUACCGUGAAUAUCGUGGUGGUGGUGGUGGUGGUAGUGGAGGUGGUGGACGUGAUCGAUAUAGUCCACCACGAUCUCAAGAUAUGGCACCACCUAUUAAAAGAAUGCGAGCUGAUUGGGAUGAUAGACCGAGAUAUGCUCACGAUUAUUAUGGAGGUGGUGGGAGUGCUAGUGGCGGUGGAAAUGCUUGGGGUCCAGAUCAUUACCCACCUCCUCACCAUGGUAACCAUCACUAUGGGAACCAUAGUAACAGUAGCAGCCGUGAGGUGGCUGGAAAUUUCAGCAACUCGAAUGUUGAAACUCAACCACCGAUGAUGUCAUUCAAAGCAUUUCUUGGAACACAAGAAGACACUAUUACAGACGAAGAGGCUAUUAAACGCUAUAAUGAGUACAAACUGGAAUUCCGAAGGCAGCAGCUCAAUGAAUUCUUUGUAGCGCACAAGGAUGAAGAAUGGUUCAAAAUAAAAUAUCACCCGGAAGAAUCGUUGAAGAGAAAAGAAGAGCAACUUGCAGCUCUUAAGAAACGCGUUGAAGUAUUUAUAGAUAUGCUUCAAACAGAAGAAGUAGAUAAUGUUUCUGUAGAUGCUGAACAAGCAGACGCAUUGUUACGUCUUUUAGAUGCAGUUGUAAUUAAAUUGGAAGGUGGUACGGAAGAGGACUUACAAAUUUUAGAUGUAAAACCAUCAAACAUUAUGAUUCCUAAGGAUACUGGAAUUAAGGAGAAAAUUGAAACUAAAAUUAAAUCUGCAACAGAACAACAACAGCAACAAUCUGAAAAGAAUGAAAGUAUUAAAAACGAAGAAUCGGUAACAGAGGAAAAAUCAAAUAAAAAUGGAGAGAAUGCUGACAUGACGGAAAUGAAGGAUGCUGAAGAAAAUGAAAAUGCUGUAAGCGAGCCGGAGAAGAUGGACGAAGUUUCAGAAGAAACGAAAAUUAAGGAAGAAAAUUCUAAGUCUGAAGAAACGAAUGAUAAAUUAGAAGAAACUAAUACAAGAAAAAGAAAACGAACCAAUAGCAACAGUAGUAGCAGCAGCAGUACUACCAGUAGCUCAUCGGAAAGUGGGAGCAAUAAGAUGAAUACUCUUAAAGCUGAUACAACAUCCACAAAUGAAAAGAUAGAAGAAACUAAUGACAAUGAUAAUGAUAAUGACAAUGAAAAUGAAAAUGACAAUAAUGAAGACAUAGCAAUAAAAGAAGAAAAGGAAGAAGCAAAACUAGACCAAGUAGACUCAACAGAAGUUAAAAAGCCUACAAUUGAACCGGAAACUGUUAUUGAUCUAGCAAGUGAAGAUAAAGAAAAGGAACCAAGAGCGCUUCAUAAAACAAGUAGCAUAUUUCUUAGAAAUUUAGCACCAACUAUUACAAAAGCCGAAGUCGAAGCGAUGUGUAAACGUUUCCCUGGUUUUUUACGAGUUGCAAUAGCUGAUCCGCAACCGGAAAGAAGAUGGUUCCGACGUGGUUGGGUUUCGUUUGAAAGACAAGUUAAUAUCAAAGAAAUUUGUUGGAGUUUGAAUAAUAUACGAUUGAGAGAUUGUGAAUUAGGUGCAAUAGUGAACAGAGAUUUAUCGCGUCGUAUUCGGACAGUUAAUGGAUUAACAUCUCAUAAACAAAUAGUCAGACACGAUAUUAAACUCAGCGCUAAAAUCGUGCAUAAUUUAGAUAAUCGUGUUGGAUUGUGGAAAGACGAGAAGAAAGAAGAAAAUUCUAACAAACAAAACGAUGACAAUAAAGAAAAUACGACAACGUCUCAAAGUGAAGUUGAACAGGCUGCUUUUGGAUUGUCCUCGAAAAAUCCAGUAUUGAAAAAUAUAACAGAUUAUUUGAUAGAGGAAGCAUCAGCAGAAGAAGAAGAAUUGUUAGGCAUGUCGGGUGACCAAGAAGAAGGUCAAUUAGGAGGAGACGGAGAUGGUCCAAUAGAAAGAGAUCCAUCCUUGAUUAAAGUACUGGACAGAUUAAUAUUGUAUUUACGCGUAGUACAUUCGGUUGAUUACUACAAUCAUUGUGAAUAUCCGAAUGAAGAUGAAAUGCCUAAUAGGUGUGGAAUAAUGCACGUUAGGGGUUCUCCACCUACUGCUAAAAUUACUAGUACUGAAUUACAAGAAUAUUGCCGUAACUUUGAAACUAAAAUGUCUGCUUUUCUACAACCUGCUGCUUCCCUGUCAACAGAAGAAUUUGACAAGCUCGGUGCUAAAAAUGCUGAUGCUGAGGUAGAAAAAUUUGUGCAAGCAAACACGCAGGAAUUGGCAAAAGACAAAUGGUUGUGUCCUUUAAGUGGGAAGAAAUUUAAAGGACCUGAUUUUAUUCGCAAACAUAUAUUCAACAAGCACGCGGAGAAAGUUAACGAAGUUAUGACUGAAGCUGAAUAUUUUAAUAAUUAUUUGAAAGAUCCUAAACGACCACAGCUUCCAGAACAUCCUGGUAAUAAAGCACCACCUAGGGAAGGACCACGUGAAGGGUUUAACCCUUACGGUUGUAGCACAUUUGGAAGUUACGGUGCCGGUUAUGGAGGAGGAAGAGGAGGUUACGGAUCCAAUUAUGGUGGUGGAUUUGGUGGAGGAUUUGGUAUGCCUCGUCCCGGUCGUGGUGGUUUUAACAGAGGACGGGACGAAGAAGCCAUAUCGACGUCAAGAACUAUUAUUAAUUAUAGUGACUUGGAACAGAGGAAUGUGGACAUUUUCUCUUGAAUUUUUAUUCGAUUAUUUUUAUUUGAAUUAGCGAAAAAGAAAGUUUAAAAGUAAAAUAGAAUCGAAUAUAUUUGGUCCCCGCCGAGCUAACAGAUAUAUUUUUAUUUUAGAUUAUAUGGGGUAAUACUAUAUAUAUAUAUAUUAUAUUUAAAAAAAGAAACAAAGAAACACAAAUAUGUUCACUGCUAUCUGCUAUCUAUCUGUACAUGUGUUACUAAAUCUGCACAUAUAUUUUUUUUAUAUAUAAUUGUGUGGGCCGAUAAUUGUGGAAAAAAAUUCUAAAAAUUUAUUUCAUAAUAUCCAAAUAAAUCAUAAAAUUCGUAUUUUCAAUCUUUUGACUUAGUCCACUGUCAUAAUUAUCGACACAUAUUUAUAUUUACUCUAACUUAAAAACAAUCAAACAAGAUACAUGCAUCGAGAUCCAAACGUAUGCAAAAAACAAGAAAAAAUAAAUGAACUAUGUGCAUACAUAUAUUAAGAUGAUUUCUUUUUGUAUAAUGAUAAAAAUAAAUUAGUACAAGGAUCGAUCGGUGCUGUAACUUAUAAAUUGUGUGAAUAACUAAAUAAAACCUUUUUGUUUA